ACUUAUUUAAAUUGAGUUCUAAUAACAAAUUGAUAAAAAUUGAGUUCAGCCUAUUUAAUAUUUUUAAUUAAACACAAUAUUACAUUUUACAGUGUACAAAAGAGAUUGAAAAGGCAGUUUGUGCACUAAUUGAUGAAUGUCGGAAAAAGAAUAUCCAAAUGGGAAAGAUAGAACUGGAAAAUGAAUUUCACAAGAUGUGGCGUGAAACUCUGAAGAAACUUUCUUUUUCUGAACAAAGGACAACAGAUGUCUUCACCAGCGUACAUCACUGCCUGAGAAACAAUCUGUCACGCAGGGGGAGUCAUGUAUGUGAAUUGUUAAGCCAACAGCGUCUGCAAAACUGUGGAAACGAGCCUUUCAAAUAUACAGGUGAACGAAAAAAAAACAUAUUUGCUCUGGCACUGAGCAAGAUUUUCAACAUUCCAGAUCCCAUAAUGGCGGUACAAAAACUGGCUGACAGCAUCAUAGAUGCCUGCACUCAGUUUGUAAGUGAAACAGUAAAAGGAAAAAACAAUUACACUGACACUUACAUCCAGGAUAUCUUACAAAUGAUUGAGGAGAAACUACAAAGCUAUAAAGAUGUUCAGACAGACAUCAAGUUUGAAGUUUCUCUGAAACAGUACAUCUGUGGAUUUGCAGCCAGAGCGUUUCAGAAAAUGCAUGAAGAUUUCAUCCAAGCAAAUGAUCCCUACAGAUGUCUGGAAAAAAAUAAGGAAAAGUUUCUUGAUGAUUUCAAAGAUAUCUUCAAUAAAAGAGACCAGUGUCAGAAGAAGACAGAAGAAUUCACCAACAAAUGUUUAAAGCCUGCUGUUGAAGACUUUGUGAGUCGAUCCCUGGGACCUGAUAUCAUUGAUGAAAUGCGGAGAUGUGAGCAGUUCAGCACACGAAUGUCCUUUCAGUAUUCAGUUUUACUGGAUUUACUUUCCAACGAUGAUCUUAAAAAAUAUGUGAGCUACAUUGACUCAUAUGAGAAUUAUGUAAAGACAUGGAUACUCAACCAAAUAGUGGAGCACUUCUCAAUUGUGUCAGUAUCUGAGUUUGAGUGCAGACAUCUCCAGUCAUGUAUCAAAAGCAUAAAUGAUGCAAUCAACAAGGCCAAAAGAGGAAAGAGUGAUGACUUGAAGACAUUUGUUGAAGAUAUUUGUAAAGAACUUGGUCAUACACUGGUCAUUUCCCAGGAUGCUCUUGGUGCUUUCAUGAUCCUGAAUAAUGCUAACAAGGAACAGUUUGCUAACUGGCUCACAGUGUCUGUGAAUAAAAUGGAAGAUGAUGUUAAAAUAAAGUUUAAAAACUCAAACUUUGAAACGAAACUAAAACACCUCAAAGUGAAUCCCCAGAAUGAGCUUUUCAACAAACUGGUUGGUUGUGGCAAACAGUGUCCAUUCUGCAAAGCCCCCUGUGAUGCAGGAGGAGGAGGCCAUGUUGAGCACUUUGCUUCACUGCAUCAGCCUCAGGGUCUGGGUAACUACAGGUGGGAAAAAACACAAAAACUUGUCACUGACAUAUGCUCCUCUCUCGUGAUCAGUGACGUCCAAUUUAAAUGCAGUGCCACAAACGAUAAAUAUCAUCCUUACAAGCGUUACAAGGAAAUUUUUCCAGACUGGAGAAUCCCUCCAGAUGUUAGCCUUGAGGCAUCAGACUACUGGAAAUUUAUAAUGGCAAAGUACAAUAAUGAUUUUGCUACAAAAUGUAGUGCAAUACCUGCUGAUAUUCCACUAGCUUGGAAACAAAUCACAAGAGACCAGGCAAAAAAAAGUCUCAAAGAGUCGUUUCAGAACUAGUAAGAGGAAUUACAAAAUGUGCCUUGUUUUGGUUUUGUUGUUGUUAUAUUU